AAAAUCAUGAUAUUUUGCACGAAUUCAUAGUUAAAACUUAAUUGUUAAUACUUUAAUAGUUACUAAACAAUAUAAAUAAAUAAUAAUGUCUAUCUAAUAUCUAUGCGUGUCGCGUGAACACAAUGCGCGUUAUUGCGUAUUGUAAGAUGGAAAUUGCAAGUAGCAAUUUUAGUUGUGAGUCAUCAUAUUGUAGGGCCUCUGGACUUAAGAGGUACCUACCUAUUUUAGUGAAAAAGUAAAGUAGAUUGUAGUUACCUAGUUAUACCGAAUACCCCUGAAAGGUGAUUGUACGGCAUGUCAUAAGCACGUUGAUAUAGCCAUGUACAGAACAUGAUCCUAGGGCACAGAAAGGCGGGGACAGACAUUCCUGUAAGCCAACUAGGCAAUGCAAAUCAUUGGGAACUGACAACAUACCUAACUUACCACUGUCUGAAGUGAAUAUAGGGUGAUAAUAGAAACAAUGUGAACGCAUGUAUAUUUAGUGGUAAGUCAAUGUUCUAAGGCUGUUGCUGGAAACUACUGCACACUUGAAUAAACUGUAAUGGCAAACGUCCAGGCUGUGACUGUCAGAAAUAUGGCCCGCCACAGAUAUUUAGUCUAUUUGAUCAUAUGGCUGUGCAUACUUUUUCCAGUGUUGUAUUUCAAGAUUUCUGAUCGUCCUGUACCUGACAAUAAGACUGUGAACAAAUCUGAAAACCCUGCGCAAAAGAAUAAAAGAACAGUAUCAAGAAUCGAUUACAAUAAACUUACUAAAGUGUGCAAUCCUCCACACAUGAUUGAACGUGGUGAUGAAGGAGAUAUUGGUUUGCUAAACAACAGUCUUACAAUCCAAGGAGUAAUAAUACUGACUAGACAUGGAGAUCGUGGGCCAAUGAAUCAUGUUCGAAACAUAGCAGAUGUAGACUGCAGUAUGGAACCUGAUCAGGAGUAUAAUGGUUAUACAAAAUUCUUGCAAAACAUAUUCUUCAACAUGUCAUUACAGUUUUUAGGUCCUUUUCAUGGGUACCCAUUAUAUCCACCACAAAAUAAUUGUUCCAUAAGUCAACUCACCCCGAUUGGUGUAUCCCAAAUGCUGAAGCUUGGACAAACUUUGCGUUCUGUGUACCACCCUUUGCUUAGUGUUUCUAAUUCUGAUGACAUAAUAAUAUAUAGCACUAAGUACAGACGCACAUUCCAAAGUGCAUUGGCCUUCAUGUAUGCAGUUUUGUCACCAGAUGUUUUGUCCAAAGUCACGUUCAAGGAGAGUGAUAGUUACAGUUAUUGUUUUGAUCAUUGUGCCUGUUUUAAUGUUAAUAGCUUACAAAUGAAAAUAAAACAAUCAUCUGCAAGACGGUUAAAGAGCCGUAGGGUAGUUGAAAGAAUGCUCAAAAGCAUACACAAUAUAGUGCAUCUAUUGUCCAGUAGUGUGCGGGUAGACCCUUACUUAAUUAAGGAUUCUAUUAUGACGUAUGUGUGCCAUGGAGCACCACUGCCUUGCUAUCAGAAUGAUUGUAUAACACAUGACAACGUAGAACAGCUUUUCAACUACAUUGAUUGGGACUUGGAACGUUAUGCUAAACAUGGGCUGUUGCGAAAAUAUGGACUUCUAAAGUCCUAUGGUUUUGCGUUGAAUAUUGCCAUGAACUUGUUAAAAAUGGUAUCCGAAAGUAAACCUCGUUUGGUCCUAUACUCCGGUCAUGACUUGACUGCUCAAUAUCUUUUAUCGGCAUUUGGAGUUCUCAAUGCUGAAACCAUGUCACCUCACUAUGCUUCCCGCCUAGUGUUUGAGGUAUAUCGAAACAACACGGUUGAUACCACAUACCCCGGUAGGGACUUUUACUUUAGAGUAAUCUUCAAUGGUAAGGAUGUAACCCGAUCAGUGGCUUUUUGUAAAACGCGUACUGGCAGCUUGACAGACUCAUCAGUUUACCUGUGCCCUAUUGAGUCUGCUAUAAGGUUUAUACAUGAUGAUUACUUUACCACUUUUAAUGCUUCCAAUUACAAGGAAGCAUGUGGCACCCGCUCUUGAACUGUAAACCUCAUUAUAUUAUAUCUUUCUAGAGAGUCACUAAAUUGAAUUCACACAAUUAUUGUGAUAUAAAAUUGUUUUUCUCUUGAUGUGUAAAGAUAAUGUGUAUCACUUGUAUUAUUUUCUGUUAUACAUCUUUAAUAAUACAAUUUCACUACAUCUGCUUUUACAUUGGUAAAAUACUUAUUUAAGAAAAUAUUAAACAGUGAAAUAAAUUAUCAAGCCAUAAUUAUAUAAUUAAGUAUAAUUAGUGUUAUAGUUACAGCAACAAAGCAAUAGAUAAUCAUAAUAUGAUAAAAUCUACUUAUAUUAUAAUAUUGUAUAUACUGAAUAUUAUUAUGUGCGUAUUAUAAAUUAUAAUUAUUUCUAGUCGCAUAUUGUUUUACCAUUCAUUUCUUAGUAACAAAAUUGUACUAAAUUAUUUAUUCAUACUUUUAGGUUAUUAGAUAUUGCUUAAUUUUGAUGUGUAUCUCAAAAAUAUUAGUUUUUUAGUUUAUUUAAAAGAAAUGAUAAGCAUUACUAGUAAAAAUAGAUG